AUGUCCAAGAGAAUCAAAAACGUCUCUAUAUCGGUGCCUAUCCUCUACGGCAACACAGCCAAGCAUUUGGCAGAUGAAAAGAGAACUGAGAAGACGCCCGCUGACCAUACGCAUGAAUGGACUGUCUUCUUUAAACCAGUGUUAGACAAUGUUGAUUUAACACCUCUUAUAAAGAAGGUUACCUUUAAAUUGCACGAGACAUAUGAAAACCCUGUUCGUUCAGUGGAGCAUCCUCCAUAUCAGGUCACUGAAACUGGUUGGGGUGAGUUCGAAAUUAUCAUCAAAGUCCAUUUCCAUCCCGGUGCAGAACUAGGUAUCAACGAGAAGAAUUUCCAGAUAUUCCAUGGUUUAAAACUUCAUCCAUAUAAUCCAAAGGCACCAAAACUGUUUAACGAGCCUACAGAGGCCACCUUUGAGAUUCUCACAAAGAAACCACUGAACUUACUACCUUUCAAGUAUUCUGAUCCUCAGAAGCGGGACCAAGAGUAUUUGAGAACUGACGAGAUUGACGAGUUAGCAAGAUUAGACGUUUACAUCUCAAAGGUCAAGGAUGAGAUCGAGAAGCAGCGCCAUGAAUAUAAAGAACUCGAACAACAAAAAGCUGCAUUGCUACAAUGA